UGCAGGAGACCAACACCAGCUUCCCUGCCUUGGAGAAAGCUGAGAGGAGGAAACUGAGACCCAAAGAGAGACAGUAACUUACCCAAGGUCACCUCCACCAUGCAGACUCCUGCCAUGAUGUUUCUGCUGCUUGUGUCCAUAAGCCUCAUGGAAGUACUUCAGGGUCAGAGCCACCCCAUCACACGACGAGAACUUUUCUCUCAAGAAAGGCCCCUGGACAUGGCCCCAGCCUCCUUUGAUGACCAGUACACUGGCUGUGCAGCAGCCAUGACAGCUGCUCUCCCAGAUCUCAACCGCACCGAGUUCCAGGCCAACAAAGCGUAUGCUGAUGGCUGGGUGCUGGCAAGCAGCCAAUGGCAGGAGCGCCAAGCCUGGGGGCCCGUGUGGGCCUUCAGCCCCACCCGGCUGCCCCCACCGCCCCCAGGCUUCCGAGAUGAGCACGGGGUAGCCCUCCUGGCCUACACCGCCAACACCCCCCUGCACAAGGAGUUCAAUGCGGCCGUGCGCGAGGCGGGCCGCAGCCGGGCCCACUACCUCCACCACUUCUCCUUCAAGACGCUCCAUUUCCUGCUGACCGAGGCCCUGCAGCUGCUGAGCAAAGCCCAGCGUUCACCCCAGUGCCACCAGGUGUUCCGGGGGGUGCAUGGCCUGCGCUUCCGGCCAGCAGGGCCCGGGGCCACCGUCCGGCUGGGAGGCUUUGCCUCCGCGUCCCUGCAGAACGUUGCAGCCCAGCAGUUUGGUGAGGAAACCUUCUUUGGCAUCUGGACCUGUCUUGGGACACCUAUCAAGGGCUACUCCUUCUUUCCUGGGGAGGAGGAAGUGCUGAUCCCCCCUUUCGAGACCUUCCAGGUAAUCAACACCAGCAGACCAGCCCAGGGCCCCUCCCGCAUCUACCUCCGGGCCCUGGGCAAGCAAAGCACGUACAACUGCGAAUAUAUCAAAGACAAGCAGUGCAAGUCUGGGCCCUGCCGUCUGGAUAACUCAGCCAUGGGUCAGGACUCCCUUUCUGCAGUCUGGUCCCUUCUACUGCUGCUCCUGUUCUUUGUCGGAGGAGCCUUUCCAGAGAGUCCAGGACUCCUCUGAUCAUCAGACCCUGACGCACCCUGCCAGCCGCCUCUGCCCAGCGUGAGGAUGUCAGCCACGUGGAUGCUUUAAGUGUAGCUAAGAUCCAUGGAAACUCCAUCUGUGGGGAACUCUGGGACCUUCUCUGGCAGCUGCCAGGCCUGCUGCUGGAGAAACAGGAGAAUUCUGGGUCUGAACCUGACUCGGGGCUCUAGAAGUGAGACACUGAAGAGAGGUAGGGAAACUCCAGCACAGGCAACGACCCACUUGGAGGUAGAAGAGUAAACUAAUUUGGGGUGGUGGGUGACUGAGGAGAAAAAGCACUUGGCCAUGGUACUUGAGGGUGUUCUUCAAAGGCCUCACAUGUGCACGUGGAAAACUAGUCACUUCUCCAGGAAGCCUUCUCUGCCCCCUGCCACCCUGCUGGGUUAGGGCUCUGCCUUUGUGCUCCCACAUGUCCUGGGGGCUUCUCUACCCCACAUGUCCACGUCUGUCACCCUGUCAGACUGUGAGCUUUCUGGGGGCAGGGACUGGUGCCAGGAAAUGUGUGAAGGUCAGAAAGGGGCAAAUACCUUGUGAAUGGCUGGUCUUCGCAUUGCCUCUACCUUGGACACUUUCAAGUUCCCUGAAUCUCAGUGUGUGGGAAUGGAGUUAAUCCCUGAGGGAACAGAACAGGAGAGAUGGCAGAGAGCUUUAGGUCCUCUGCCAGGGUUUUGGUUGAAUCUCAGUCAUUUUGUCAGCAAAGAUGUAAUUUCUGUGCUGAUCCAUGAGUCCUAAGGUUUCUGUUUCUAGAGAA